AUGGAGUUCACCGCAACUCUGUGCAGUACUGUAUUCGUAGCAGCGGUAGGGUAUUUUAUACUGAAGACGGUGUACGACACCUUGACAUGCUACUACCUCACCCCGAGACGCAUCAGGAGCGUCAUGGAGAGGCAAGGGGUUCGCGGGCCCGAACCCCGGCCUCUCCUCGGCAACCUCCCUGACCUGUCCUCCUUGAUCUCUCGCUCCACCGCCGGCGACUGCGAUUCCGUUCACCACGACAUCGUCCCCCGCCUCCUCCCGCAUUUCGUCCUCUGGUCACGUCAAUACGGGAAGAGAUUCAUAUACUGGAACGGGAUUGAGCCACGGAUGUGCAUCACGGAGACGGAAUUGAUCAAGGAAUUGAUGACCAAGUACAGCACGAAGGCGGGGAAAUCGUGGAUGCAGCAGCAGGGCUCCAAGCAUUUCAUCGGCCAAGGGUUGUUAAUGGCGAAUGGCCAGGAUUGGCACCAUCAGCGACACCUUGUCGCCCCUGCAUUCAUGGGAGAUCGGCUCAAGAGCUAUGCAGGACACAUGGUGGAAUGCACUGAGAAGCUGCUGCAGACGAUGGAGACUGAAAUGGCGGAGCCGGGUAAUUGUAACGAGCUGGAGAUCGGAGAAUACAUGACGAGGCUCACCGCCGACAUAAUCUCGAGGACGGAGUUCGAUUCGAGUUACGAGAAAGGGAAGCAGAUUUUCCAUCUCCUCACCGUUCUCCAGCGACUCUGUGCUCAGGCAUCAAAGCACCUCUGCUUCCCCGGUAGCCGGUUUUUGCCGAGCAAGUACAACAGGGAGAUAAAAUCGCUCAAGGCGGAAGUGGAGAGGCUGCUGAUGGAGAUCAUACAGAGCCGGAAAGACGGGGUCGAGAUCGGCCGGGGCUGUUCCUACGGGAACGAUCUGCUGGGUAUGCUACUGAACCAGCUCCAGAACAACGACGACGGCAAGUCGGGUAAAAAUGUUGGUGGUAGUAACAAGAGUGGACUGGAUUUGCAGUUGAUAAUGGACGAGUGCAAGACUUUCUUCUUUGCCGGGCACGAAACGACGUCGCUUCUGCUGACGUGGACGGUCAUGCUCCUGGCUUCCAACCCAGAUUGGCAGGAGAAGGUUCGGGCCGAGGUCAACCAGGUUUGCGGUUCCCAACCACCAACCCUUCACCACCUCCCUAAGUUAACCGUGCUUCACAUGGUGAUCAACGAGUCGCUCCGGCUGUACCCGCCGGCGACGGUGCUGCCGCGGAUGGCGUUCGAGGACAUCAAGCUCGGCGACCUCCACGUCCCGAAGGGGCUGUCGAUAUGGAUCCCGGUGCUGGCGAUCCACCACAGCCACGAGCUGUGGGGCAAAGACGCCAACGAGUUCAACCCGGAGAGAUUCUCCCCCGCCGCGAAGAAGACGACGCCGGGCGGCGGCGGGAGGCACUUCUUCCCCUUCGCGGCGGGGCCGCGCAACUGCAUCGGGCAGUCGUUCGCGAUGAUGGAGGCGAAGAUCAUACUGGCCAUGUUAAUAGCAAAGUUCAGCUUCACGCUGUCGCCGAAUUACCGGCAUGCCCCUGUCAUUGUUCUGACGAUCAAGCCCAAAUACGGUGUUCAAGUUUGCUUGAAGCCGUUGAAAUGAUUAAAUAAUUAUUUUGAUUGUAUUGAGGCUUUUUGCAGGAGGAGGUUUGAGAGAGAGGCUGGAAAUUUGGGAGGCAUUUCUUUAAUUUUUCGUUGUUUUUGAGGGAUGGGGAAAAGUUUUGUUGAGUUUUGUUGCGUGAACAAAAAAAAAAAAAAAAUUGAAAUUUACUUCAAUUUGGGGUUACAUUAGUUAUUAGCAGGGUUGGGAAAAUGUGUGGAAAGGUGGAAGGGCAGUUGUGCUAUCUAUGGACUUCAACUUUUACGGCUUUGGAUAUAAUGUUACCAGAAUUAUGGGAACGAAUUAUAUUUGGGGAAAAUGUGAAAGAAAGAGAGAGGGGGAAAAAUAACGAAGUGAUAAAAUUAUAAUAAAUAGUAAUGAGAUUCAGUAAUAUUGUUUGGGAC